UCAACAUGACACCAUGCGUACAUCCACCUUCCGUCUCCACCAUGCACCCUCUGGGAUCUCCCCUCCUUGUCCCCAUCCCCACCGCCUAACUCCACUCCUUUUCCUCCUCUGAGACUGAAAACCAUCAGCCCCAGUCACAUUACCUUUUCCACCCAACUCUUCACACGCUGAUGAUGCUGGUUAUAUAAUACAAAAUUGAGUGAACUCUAACCUGUCAAUUCCCAUCCCAAUAUAGAAAACACUUACAAAGAGUAGGAGAAGGCGGAGGAGGCGGAGAUGAAGGUGGCGGUGGAGGUAGUGGACGCCGCCGACUUGAUGCCCAAAGACGGGCAAGGCUCGGCCAAUCCCUUCGUCGAGGUGGACUUCGACGGGCAGCGCCACCGCACGCAGACCAAGAUCAAAGAUCUCAGCCCUUCCUGGAACGACAAAUUACUGUUUAACGUCUCUGAUCCGUCCUACCUCUCCAACCAGAGUAUCGACGUCUCCGUCUACCACGACCGCCGCUCCCCCGCCGACGGCGGCGCCGGCGGCCACGGCCACGACCGCCAGUUCCUCGGCCGCGUCCGCAUCUCCGGUGCCUCCGUCGCCCUCUCCCCCGACGUCACCCCGGUCCAGCGAUUUCCUCUCCAGAAGCGCGGUCUGUUCUCCCACAUCCGCGGCGACAUCGGCCUCCGCGUCUACCUCCUCCCCGACUCCUCCGACCCCUCCCCAGCCCCCGCCUCCAUGGCCCCCGCUGGCGACCCCGUCCCCCCUUCUUCCACCCCGGUACCUGAUCCGGCCGUCGACGGCGAGAAGACCACCCAAAAGAACAAGGAGAAGAAGAAGAAGCCGGCGGCGGAGGAGCCGAGGGUGUUCUACUCCGUCGGCGCUGGAGGAGGAGGGGGAGGGGGAUCGGGGCAGGAGUUCGCCCAGAUGAAGCACGCGAUGGGUGCCGGCGCGGGGGAGAAGCCGGCAGCGCCGAUGGGCGGCGUCGUGGUGGAGGAGCGGCACGCGCGGGCGGAGCCGCCGCUGCCGGCGGUGAUGCAAGUUCGCGCGGUUCCCGGUGCUGGGCCGCCGCCGCCGCGACCUAGCGCGCCGGAGUUUGGCCUGGUGGAGACCCGCCCGCCCCUCGCCGGCCGCCUCGGUUACCGCCGCAGCGACAAGAUCUCCUCGACCUACGACCUCGUCGAACAGAUGUACUUCCUCUACGUGAAUGUGGUCAAGGCCCGCGACCUCCCUGCCAUGGACGUCACGGGCUCCCUGGACCCCUACGUGGAGGUCAAGCUCGGCAACUACAGAGGCACCACCAAACACCUGGAGAAGAACCAGAAACCCGUCUGGAACCAGGUGUUCGCCUUUUCCAGAGAUUUCCUCCAGGCCAAUCUCUUGGAAGUCACCGUCAAAGACAAAGAUCUCGUGAAGGACGACUUCGUCGGAAGAAUCCUCUUCGAUCUCACCGACGUCCCUCACCGGGUGCCGCCGGAUAGCCCUCUCGCUCCGCAAUGGUACAAGCUGGAGGACAAAAAAGGUGACAAGGUGAAGGGAGAGAUAAUGCUUGCUAUUUGGAUGGGGACGCAGGCCGACGAGGCCUUCCCUGAGGCCUGGCACUCCGACGCCCACGUCGUCGGCGCCGAGGGCCUGCAUCACACCCGCUCCAAGGUCUACUUCUCGCCGAAGCUAGUUUACCUCCGUGUGCAUGUAAUUGAGGCGCAGGACCUUGUUCCAGUCGACAAGUCCCGGGCACCGAGUGUGUCUCUCAAAAUACAGCUCGGGAGUCACCUCCGCCGCACCCGCCCGGCUCCGUCGCUCAACCCGGUGUGGAACGAGGAGUUCAUGUUCGUGGCAUCGGAGCCGUUUGACGAGCUGCUGGUGAUCACCGUCGAAGACAAGGAGCCUCUCGGGAGGCUGGUUCUACCACUGUCGGCCGCCAGCCAGCGCACCGACCACAGCAAGCUUGUCGAGGCCCGCUGGUUCAGUCUAGCCAAACCGACCUCCUCGACGGAGGAGGCCGGCGAUGGCGAGAAGAAGAAGGAGCCCAAAUUCGCAAGCAAGGUCCACCUCCGACUCUGCCUCGAGAUGGGCUACCAUGUGCUUGAUGAAUCCACUCAUUACAGCAGCGACCUCCAGCCGGCGGCAAAAAACCUCCGGAAGCCAAGAAUUGGGAUUCUGGAGCUCGGAAUUCUCAGCGCCCAGAAUCUAAUGCCGAUGAAGGCGAAGGAUGGCAAGCUCACCGAUGCCUACUGCGUCGCCAAAUAUGGCCCCAAAUGGGUUAGAACUCGGACAAUUCUCAACAGCCUCGCCCCUCGAUGGAACGAGCAGUACUCUUGGGACGUCUUCGACCCCUGCACCGUCGUCACCAUCGCCGUCUUCGACAAUUGCCAUAUAUCCGGCAACAAGGACGACACCAAAGACCAGAGGAUCGGCAAGGUCCGAAUCCGGCUGUCGACAUUGGACACUGAUCGAGUUUAUACUCAUCUCUAUCCUCUGCUAGUCCUCCAAACGUCGGGCCUCAAGAAGACUGGCGAGCUCCAUUUGGCGGUGAGGUUCACCUGCAUGGCGUGGGUCAACAUGGUGACCCUCUACGGGAAGCCGCUGCUCCCAAAGAUGCACUACGUGCAGCCCAUCGCGGUUAUCCUAUUGGACAACCUCCGGUACCAGGCAAUGCAGAUUGUCGCCACCCGGCUUGGCCGUGCCGAGCCCCCCCUCCGAAGGGAGGUGGUGGAGUACAUGCUCGAUGUGGACUCGCACAUGUGGAGCCUGCGGAGGAGCAAAGCCAAUUUCUUCCGCAUCACUUCUCUCCUCUCUGGCCUUGCCACCAUCGGUCGAUGGUUCGACGGAAUUCGGAAUUGGAGGAACCCCAUCACAACAAUACUAGUCCAUGUCCUGUUUGCGAUACUGGUCUGCUACCCGGAGUUGAUCCUGCCAACAAUUUUCCUCUACCUGUUCAUGAUUGGGCUGUGGAACUACCGGUUCAGGCCGCGGCACCCGCCGCACAUGGACACAAAGAUGUCCCAUGCUGAGCUUACUCAUCCGGAUGAGCUUGAUGAAGAGUUCGACACAUUCCCGACGACGAAGGCCCCAGGCAUUGUGAGGAUGAGGUACGACCGGCUGAGGAGCGUUGCAGGGCGGGUGCAGACGGUGGUGGGGGACCUUGCGACGCAGGGGGAGCGGGCGCAGGCGCUGCUCAGCUGGAGGGACCCCAGGGCGACCGCCAUUUUCAUCAUCCUCUCGCUGAUCGUGGCCAUAAUUCUCUAUGUGACGCCGUUUCAGGUGGUGGCGGUGCUCGUCGGGCUCUACCUGCUUCGCCACCCUAAGUUCAGGACCAAGAUGCCGUCUGUGCCAUUCAAUUUCUACAGAAGGUUGCCUGCUAAGUCUGACAUGCUUCUCUGAGCUCAACCUCGUCAACAUGAAGGAAUAAAGGAGGGAAUAUGUGCAUGGAUGGAUCUUUCUUCAAUUAGCCUUUUAUCAUUAUCUUUUAAAUUGGAUAUGAAUAUACUUAAGAAUAAGGUCUCCAGGAUUGUUUAUGGAUACAGAUCGAACAAAGUAGAACAUCCUUUUAGUUGUAUGAGGUUGAAUAAAGUCGGCACUUUCUUUUUUGUUUGGUGAGUUUUCCUUU